AUGACUACUAAUAAUACUGAUUUGAUCACGCAAUUAUUGUCCGAAAAUCUUGAACUUCGAAAGUUGGUUUUGACUGAGCAAGAGAAAGUAUCAAUGGAAAGGAAACGUCGAAUCGAAGCUGAAGCUCGACUUGCAGCUUUACUGAGCAAAAAAGUUAUCGAAAUGAGGGAACGAAAUUCGUAUUCAGAUUUCAAACAUGAUUCUUGUAAAAGAGAUCGAAGAUAUAAGGAUAUGGUAGGACAUAUUACAAGGCCUAAAUCCAGUGAUUCAUCUUAUGAAAAUGAAAUUGCUUUAUUAGUUAUGAAAAAUAUCCAGAAAUAUCAAAAUUGUCCACCUACUUCUGAAAGUUCUCUUAAGUCAACAUCUAUUUCUCCUCUUUUAGAACACGAAAGGAAUUUCAAAAGAAAUAAUAACCUACCUUUAGUCACCGAAAAAAAAGUUCAACCAAGUAUAGGAGCGAAUAAUAGGCAGUCUGUUUCGAUUUCUGAAGCAAAUAUUUCAAGCAAUAAUUAUUUGAAACCAGCUACCAAAAAAAUUAGUGACUUUUGGACAUUUAUUGAUAUGAAUGGAGAAACAAAGCCAUCAGUUCCUCCACUUCACUGGAAGCAGCAAAAGUGCAAAGAUACAUUUAUAAAACGAAGUAUUGAGCGUCAAAUCCGAAUCAAAGAAGCGUCAUCAAAACGCAAACAACUUGCAGCUAAAAAGCGUGAAGUUGCAAAGCAAUUACUUGCCGGACACGUUAAAAAUCAAGAUGCUGUUAAAUUACUUAGUAUAAUGGAUCGAGAAAUAUGCGCAUUUCCUCCUAAUAUGAUGAAGCGUGAAACAUUUAGACGAGUUUGUAAAACUCAAGGUUUUCAAGAGAGAAGGAAGAAGAAACAUGAUGAGUAUGACAAGCAUAUCAAUCGCCUUCUGGCAUAUUGCUAUAGUCAGGCACCUAAUCGACUUAAUCGCAAAUAA